UGUAAAACUUGAUUAGAAAAACUUAAGCAGAAAAAAAAGAAGGAAAAAAACUUAAUAAUUUUAUUGGAAAAUAUUAGAAAUUAGGGUUUAUAGGAAGACAAAGAAAGAAAAGAGUGGGGGAACGAACUUUUGGAAGGUGAAUCUUUGGUUCUCCUCUGUGUUUUGUCGAAGGAUUCCACAAAGCGAAAGAUGAAGCUGAAGCAGUUGGAAGGCCUCCUGGGUGGCCUCCAACAGUUCUCCAACCCAAAGAUGGAGCUGGAACAAUACCCAACUGGACCCCACAUUGCUUCUCGCAUGCUCUACACUGCGGAGAACUCAUUCGGGGAUGUGACUGACAAGGUAGUGGCUGAUUUUGGGUGUGGUUGUGGUACAUUGGGUGUUGCAGCUGCACUCUUGGAUGCAGAACGUGUGAUUGGCAUUGACAUUGAUUCUCAAUCUCUUGAAUUAGCAUCACUAAAUGCAGAGGAGCUUGAGUUGGACAUGGAUUAUAUUCAGUGUGACAUUAAGAACUUAGGAUUGAGAGCUGAAGUUGUUGAUACUGUUGUAAUGAAUCCUCCAUUUGGAACUCGGAAAAAAGGUGCUGACAUGGAUUUUCUCUUUGUGGCUUUGAAGAUUGCUUCUCAAGCAGUUUAUUCCUUGCACAAGACUUCCACGAGAGAUCAUGUGAAAAGGGCAGCUUUGCGGCACAAUGCCAGCAGUGCUGAAGUUCUAUGUGAGCUUCGAUAUGAUGUACCACAACUGUACAAAUUUCACAAGAAAAGGGAGGUGGAUAUUGCUGUAGACUUGUGGCGAUUUGUUCCCAAGAGUAUCUAGCUCCACAUUAAGCUCAUGUUUGGUGUAAUUUUUUUUUCUUCUUUUGGCGCAAAGAUCAUGUAUUUGUGUAGUAUAGGUGAACAAAUAUACAUGUAAAAGUUGAUGUAGGAAUUUGUACUGCUUUUCAUAUGAGUUGGAUUGAAAAUCGAUCUGAAAUUUUGUUAA